AGCUGGCCGCCUUAGACCAGGAGGCCGAGCACCUGCCCUGCUGGUGCUAUCACGUCGAGCACAUGCGCGUGAAACAGGACCAGGUCGACGACGUCCGCAAACUGUUCGCCUACGCGAGCGCCGGAUUCUCGGCCCGGCCACUGGUGAGUCUGAGCGGGAUUUGGGUUAUCAGGAACGCCCGGCGAGACGAGUAUUGGCGGCAAUUCCUGCAUUCCCGGAAGUUUGUGGAUCCUCUCGCCGGUGCUUCUACCACUGUUUUACAGCACUACGAUGUGUAUGUACUGCAAAUAUCGAUCUGGGUCUGGAAAGUUGGAAUGCUUGUUUACGAAUCGGAAGCCAAUGCACACACAGCCAAGCAUGUCAGAUUUUUCUCUGUGUGGUUCUGUGUUGCGUAGUCCGCAUGGGAAACUGCGUUUGUGCGUGACACGAGGGGCAUGGGAAAGAACUGUGCGGAGACUACAGAACCACGAGGGGCAUGCCAAGUACUUAUGCAUGAAAGGUCUUGGAAGUGGAGCCAACGUCUAGAUCCAGACACUUAUUUGCGUUUGACACUGUGGCUACGGACGUCGCGACCUUCCGGGGCGAGUCUCUUCCAGGGGAGAAAAAUCCGACCGCUACUGUUGCGGACCUCGUGGCGUAUGGUGUCCUUGGUCCCUCUGAAAACAGGCAUGCUUUUGAGAUCACGAUGUUGCGGCCUCUCGUGGCGGUGCUGUCACCUUCGACCACACGCGGUGCGACGUCGCCGUGGCGCCAGCCGUCAACUGCACACCAGGUUUUGCGUUGGCACGUGCUGGGACCGCAUGGGGCGAAAUUUUGGUCGUUGCCUCUGUCUCGUCAUUCGGGUCAGCACACUGCUCCUACAUCCCCCGAGGAGUCCUCGCUGUCGCCGAGCAGUGGCGCCAGUGCAUCGUCGUCUGCACCAGCGUCUUCAACCGUCGCGGGCGACGGGUCCGCGCCUGAGCAACAUUCGGGAGAUCCGAACCAAGAAUUCCUAACCGCCGCAGCUCAGUUCGAGGCCCCGGAUGACCACGGGUUUGUCAGUGUGGCCCCGUUCGACACUGCCGCGUGGGCCUUGGCAACGGCCUCCGCCACGGGGGCGAAGCGUGUAGCGAUGUAUGCAUUGCAAACAUGUCUGGGUCUAGAAACACAAACAUGUAAACUUCUGAUGCGCAUUUGAGACCAGUAGAAAAAAAUCUGUCAUGCAUGGAACGCAAAAGUUGCUCAUUUCUUGUCACCAAAAGAGGGACAAACUUGCCAUGGGGAUAAUUAGGCAUCGCUUAACCUCCUCAAAAUCUGUGUUGCUAGGACUUACAUGCUACACCUUCUGUGCCAUGCACAAACAGCAUCACACUCUUCCAGACCCAGACAUGUUUGCAUUUGAUAAGAUUAGUAGAGCGACUGCGACGACUUUUCCUGCUGGGCUUGAACCACGCGAUGACGGAAUAAAGGAUCUAGAGCUUAGUACAGCCACCAACAUCAUCUUCGACCACACGGACGCGUUGAGCUUCGACUUGCCCGGCUUGCGGUCUGGCUUCCUACGCUCCAAUAUCAAAACGAAAAAUCCCCCCUCCCCAUAUCGAAACAGUAUGAGUCCGAAAAUUUGUGUUGCUGAUUUGAGACCACAAAUCACGUCUGUCUUGCAAGAAGACAAGUGCAGGGGCUUCCGGGCCAUUAUGGAAGCGAUUUGACAUGCUGCCGGGCCUAGGGGGCAGCCGUUUGUAAUUCCAAACAACUAGACCCAAACGCGCCUACCUAGGCUGAGGAUCUGGCUGCGAUGUCUUACUGCAAGACAGCGAGAGUUUAUUUGUGUACGCAAAUCCAGCGCCACAAAUUUCCUUUUUGAUAUCGGGAGGGCGGAUUUUUCCUUACGAUAUCCAAACGCGAAGAGGUGCGCGAGAACCCGUUUUACCUGUAUUUCAGCAACGGCACGAAUGUCUAUGGGAUUCUCAAUCUUGACAUUCUCAACUGUUACAUGAAUUUGUCAUGCAGAAGCACCAUCAUCAUCCUCACGAUCAAGCUGCUCCGCAUGACAAAUUUGUGAAGGCCUAAACCGUGCCUAAAUCUGUGCGGAAUUUGUAAUGCUACAGAUGCAACCUUCCCCCUUCCACUUUUCCCAUUCUUGCAUCACAGGUUCAUGUAACAGUUGAGAAUGUAACAGUUGGGAACGCCAUAAUGUCUUGGCCCACUUUCGAGCCAUGGAGCGCGUCGGUCAAACGGUCGGGGGGGCAGCACCACGAACAACACCCUAUACGCAGCAUGGCGAAGCAAACCGG